CUAAACCCACAGUUCGCGUUCUGUCUUAAUGCGGGGAGGACGUAUGCUAUAUGGAAUGUAUAAUUUUUUUGUGCAUAUCAAAUUGUUUAAAAUCCUUAAAAUACCUUAAGUUUCUUGAUUAUAUUGACGAGAAGUGACUUUGCCGUGAGAAUUGUGAAGAAAGAAGACUGUUUCGUGUAAAAAUACAGGUGAUCGUGUGAUGGCUCUCUGAUCCACCAUGAUGAAGCGAACAGGCGUCCCGCGGCUGGCCCCGGAUGAGCCUGCCCCGCUGUCUCAGUCACCUGCCCAGAUGCAGCAAGCUGGUGCAAGCAAUAUGCACACUCUGGCCCAAUCGGCCCAACCCCAAAUACUUGGUCCCGCCGCCAUGCUAUCCGUGGGCGGGUACGCCCGCGGCGCGCGGCCCGCCGGCCCGGCGCCGCCCGUCAUCAACUACAUGAAGGCGGGCGUGCAGUACCCCAAACAGCCGCCCCAGCCUCAGCAGCCACCUUUACGGCACAAGCUGCCGCCGGCGCCGGCGGCGGGGCGCGCGUCGCCGCCGGGCGCGCCGCCGCCCGCGGGCGCUCCGCCCCCGCCCGGCGCGCAGUUCCAGCGGCUCAAGGUCGAGGACGCGCUCUCCUACCUCGACCUCGUCAAAUACAAGUUCAACACGCAGCCCCAGGUCUACAACGACUUCCUCGACAUCAUGAAGGAGUUUAAGAGUCAGACGAUUGACACGCCCGGCGUCAUCACCCGGGUGUCGAACCUGUUCAAGGGGCACCCGGAGCUCAUAGUUGGGUUCAACACCUUCCUGCCUCCUGGCUACAAGAUCGAGGUUCAGAGUAACGGCCAGGUGUCAGUGUCGAUGCCGUCUCCGACCGGGCUGGGCGGCGGCGUGCUGCUGGGCGUGGGCGGCGUGGGCCCGCAGCCCGCGCACCACCCGCCCGCGCAGCUGGUGCACCUGCUGCCCGUCGCGCAGUCCGUGAGCAACGCGAUCGUGCACAACCUGUCCGUCAGUGCGACGCCGGCGAACACGCUGCAUCAUAUAUCGCAGGCGCAUCAGCAGAUCGAGGCGGCCAUACACCAUGCGCCUGGCGCCGCGGCGCCGCCCGCCGGCUCGGGGCCGCACGCCGCGCCCGCGCCGCCCGGCCAGCCCGUCGAGUUCAACCACGCCAUCGAAUAUGUCAACAAGAUUAAGUCGCGGUUUUCCCGCCAACCGGACAAGUACAAGCGUUUCCUGGAGAUACUACAUGCGUAUCAGAGGGGCCAUAGGGACGUGAAGGAACCGCAAGCUAAACAGCAGACGGAACAGGAAGUGUAUUCGCAGGUGGCGAAGCUGUUUGAGAACCAGGACGAUCUGCUGGCCGAGUUCGGGCAGUUCCUGCCGGACGCUAAAGCGGUCACCAAGCCGCACUACCCGCCGCACCCGCGCACGCCACCGCUCAUGCCGCCCCAGCCGCGCCCCGAGCCGGAGCCCGAGCGCUUCCUGCCCGCGCCGGCGCCCUCGCCGCCGCACGCCGCGCCGCCGCAGCAUCUGUUGCCGCAGCAGGUGCCCAAACACACCAGUACUGUGUCGAGCAGCGCUCCGCCGCCGCAGCAUCUGAAGCGAUCACCCAGCUUCACCUCCUCUACUCAGAUGCCUGUAGGCCUCCCGCCGCCCAAGAAGUCCCGUCUGUCGUCUCUGACCGGCGGCAUGGUGCGCGACGUAUCUUACGCCGAGGCCGCCAAGUACGGCACCCAGCAGGAAUACAACUUCUUUGACAGAGCUCGUCGGGCGCUCAGAUCACAGGAGGUCUAUGACAACUUCCUUAGAUGCCUGCUACUCUUCACCAACGAGAUCAUCUCGUCCUCGGAGCUCGUAUCCGUGACGUCACCGUUCUUGUGCCGCCACCCCGAGCUGCACAAGUGGCUGCAGGACUUCGUGGGGCCCGUGUCGCCCCCCUCCACCCCCACUCAGCCUACCUCCGGUUACUACGGCAUGUCCAGCAACAGCCUGUUGGGCUUCGAGCGCGAGCGCGAGCGGGAGCGGUUGGAGCGCGAGCGCUCGCUGGACAACAAGCCGUCCGUGCGCUACGAGCCCAUUGGCCCGCUCGGCGCGCAGCUGCGCCACGACCGGCCGCAGGGCGACGCUGCACUUGAUAUAGACCUGUCGACGUGCAAGCGGCUGGGCACGUCGUACUGCGCGCUGCCGCGCGAGGCGGCCGCGCGCCGCUGCUCCGGCCGCACGCCCCUCUGCAAGGAGGUUUUGAACGAUACUUGGGUGUCCUUCCCUACGUGGAGCGAGGACUCUACGUUUGUGACGUCACGCAAGACGCAGUAUGAAGAGUACAUCUAUCGGUGCGAAGAUGAGAGAUUUGAGCUGGACGUAGUAAUUGAAACCAACGCGGCCACCAUCCGCGUGCUAGAGGGCGUGCAGAAGAAGCUCUCCCGAAUGACGGCGGACGACGCGGCCAAGUACCGUCUCGACGACUGCCUCGGCGGUCACUCCGCAACCAUCCACCAGCGGGCGCUGCGACGCAUCUACGGCGAGAAGGUGGCGGUGGACAUAAUAGCGGGGCUGAAGAAGAACCCCGUGGUGGCCGUGCCCGUCGUGCUGCGCCGGCUCAAGGCCAAGGAGGAAGAGUGGAGGGAGGCGCAGAAGGGUUUCAAUAAGCAAUGGCGCGAGCAGAACGAGAAAUACUACCUGAAGUCGCUCGACCACCAGGGCAUCAACUUCAAGCAGAACGACCUGAAGGCCAUGCGCUCCAAGUCGCUCUACAACGAGGUGGAGAGCGCGUACGCGGCCAGGAAGCCCGGCCCGCAUCUAGUGGUGGACUAUCAUAUGAAGAACCGGCAGGAAGCUAUCAAAGUGGUCCGUGACGCCGCCGAGCUCCUGAUCCACCACGCGCGGCGUCAGACCGGCAUACAGAAGGCGGAGAAACGCCGCAUCAAGCAGCUGCUGAGACACUUCCUGCCGGACCUGUUCGCGCAUCCUCGCCAGCCGCUCUCCGACGACGAGAGAGAUGAAGAAGAGAAAGAGGAGCCUUCGAGCCCGGCCGGGAGCCCUACGGCCGACACCGCGGCUGAGGACAAAGCCGUCAAACAAGAGAAACAAGAGUCGUCAGAGUCCGACAACGCGUCGGACAAGUCGUCGCGCCACCACAAGAACGACAAGGAGAACAAACCCAAGAACAACAACCACGAGCCGCGCACCGACAAACUAGAGGUCAAGGACGAGGAGGACUUUAGGGACCAUCCGCCUAACGAGGCUCGGUUCGUGUGCACGAUGUCGUGGUACAUCUUCCUGCGGCUGCACGGCAUCCUGUGCCAGCGGCUGGGCGCGCUGCGCCGCGGCGCGCUGCAGCUGGCGGAGCGCGAGGCCCGCGAGCGCGCGCACCGCCGCCCCAGCGUCGCCGCCGCCCUGCGGCUCAAGCCCAACAAUCUCCCAGCGGACGCGUCAUCCCCCGCAGACUACUAUCCUGCGCUACUAGAAUUAGUCCGCGGCGUCCUCGACGGCAACACCGAGGCCACGGCGUACGAGGACGCCGCCCGCGAGAUGUUCGGCAUACACGCCUACCCCGCCUACACGCUCGACAAGCUCGUGUGGAACGCCGUGCGACAGCUGCAACGCUGCGUGUCGGAGCCGUGGUCGCUGCGCGCGGCGGAGCUGGCGGCGCGCGGCGGCAUGCGCGGCGCCCUAUCUUACGUGCGGAGGGCGCAGCGCUUCCUGCACAAGGAUCAUACCGCCUUCCUCAUCAAGCUGUAUGGUGGUGACGAGUGCCGCGUUUCCUUUGAAUUGCUAGAGAGUGGCGGAGAGGGUCGCGCUUCCCCGCACAACGAUUCUUCGCGGCUGUCACCUACCAAUCAGUCGCGGCCUUCAGCGCCGAACGGGUCGCCGGUGUCGCGCCUGGCCGCCUGGUCGCUGUACACGGAGCGCUACGCGCGCCCCGACCUCGCCCGCCCCGCGCCCAACAAGCCCGUGUUCCUCGCGCGCAACGCCGCCCGCUGCGGCGGCUCCGGCCACAACGUGGCGCCGGGGGACUCCGGCCCGGUGGGCGGCGUGCGGGGGAAGAGGAAACCCCACAGGAUUAUUGAUAGGAGCGAGUGCACGCUCAGCAGCGGCAUCAGACUGGUGGCGUCGCGGCCGCACCACCUCUACCGGGCGGGGGCGCUAGCGGCCGCUCGCGCCUCGCACGCGCGCCUGCACGCCGCACGACGAGCCAAGUUCAAGACGUGGCUUCAGUCCAACCCGCACCGAUGAUCACACUUUUAAACCUACCCUUCCCCCACUGUUACAACUACAGUAUGUACGGUUGACGACCAAAACUUACUGUAUUUCAAACUUGUAUGGUAUAACAUUUGAUAUAGCAUGCGCGUGAUGCGUCCCAGAAAACUACGUUUCAUGUAAGACCGAGUCGUGAUGAAAAUGGUGAAUUUUCAUCGUAAAAGCAUUCGUAUUUGCUUAAAAAUGGUACAUAAGUACGCGUUGUUAAAUUUGAAUCUUUAUAACAGUUCAGUAUUAAAAUAAAAAGAUUUUCAAAAAAUAACAGUGAGUUUUUGUUGCCAAUCGACUAAAUUUACCCUUCUAUAGCAUUACGGCAGGAUGACAAUUUCAAACGUAUAAAUUGAUAUAAAUACGUUUUCAAUACAAAUAUUAAUUAAUAAAAAUCCUAAUAGAUGUUUUACAAACCAGAAAGUCGAAUACCGCGUUAUAUAUCGCAGAUUUCUACAAGAUGUAGUGCAUAAUUAUUUUCCAUCGUAUUUUCUCGGAAAUGUUCGUGUUUUUCAUGCUACUUCACUCAACGUCAGUACUUUUAGUACCGAGACUGACUGAAAUAGCACACGUUCGUGCGUUUCCGUGAAAAUACGAUGGAAAAUUAUUAUGCACCACAUCUGUAUCUUUUCCCGGCCAACUGAAAUUCUAACUCAAAUUUCUACAGUCUAUUGAAGGGUGUUUGUUCAAAACUCAUUAAUUUUAAGACGGAGUGAGAAUAUUGUUUAUGUAAAUACGCAAAUAAUUAAAAUGAUUCUUGCCUAGCAAGAAGCUAAAUAAUAAGAAAGUUCCGCUUAUUCGAGAUCUAAUCUACUUAUUGUGAUUUCGAUGUGAUAAUAAAGCACUUUUUAAAUAAUAUUAUCCGAAUACGCGGGACAUGUUAAUGCUAAGCGCUUUUGAAAUGUUUUUUUUUAAUUUGAAUCCAUCAAUAUACUUUUUGUAUGCAGUUUCCUUUUAUUUUAUAUUCUCAAUGUCAAAUAAAUGUUAGAUUCAGUAGCGCCUCUGUCACAAAUGUAUAUAAAUUGUAAUAUAGAUAAUAUCUGUUCAAAGUCAAUUAUGUAUUUAUAUAGCGGCUAUUGCCUUCAGCAUAAUAUUGAAAGCACAAGUCACUACAACAGAACUUUACGCCUAUGUAAAUAAGUCCACUGUUAAAGCCAGUCCGGACGGUACAAUUUCGCCCUAUCUGAUUAAAUUGCCUGAUCAAAUCAGGUGGUGUGGACGUAUAAAAUUGGGUCGCCGGUCCCAUUUGAUUCAAUUUUAAGAUUUUGACCGAUCAAAUGAAGAUGUCGUAAUAAUGCCAAUUUUCGACGGUAAUAUGCGCGUUUGGCGGCAUUUUUACUUUAUUUCGAGCGCUCAAAUCUCGCCAUAAAUCUAAAAUUGGUAAUUAAAUUGUGAUCGAUCGAUUUGAUCAUCCCGUCUGGACUGGCCUUUAUAAACAAGAAAUCCAGAGUUCGACCAAGAAAAGGCUGCAACCAUUUUGAUAGAAUACGCAGUGCGUUAUUUAUACGUCAUAAUUUCAUAGAAGUUUGACGUUUAAAAUGACGCACUGCGAACUGUGCUAUCAAAAUUGUUGCAAACUUAUCUGGGUCGACCUAAGUUUAACCUCCGGUUUGAACGUCCAGAUUUCAGAUACUUUAGGGCACACUGAAAAUUCCUGGACUGGCCACAUAGAAAAAAUAAGUCUUCUACAUAUAUCAGAAUCAGAAACUUUCAGUAUGGCCCAAGUAUUAAGGCCCAUUUACAUGGUGCGAUUUUCUCGCCUCGAACGCUCGAUUAUCGUAGCACGAGGAAAAAUAUAGUAUUAUGUAAACUAAACGUACGAUAUGGUACUAGAAGGAGCGAUAAUCGCCUCGCCUUUGCUGAUUGGAUGUCUCCGUGUAAACAAAAUUUUAAUGCGAGAAUCGCAUUUCGAGAUUUUCGAGUUCAUAUUUGUUGGUGUCCCAAUUUUAUGCGUUUUUGGGACAUUUAAAAUGUUUUAUUAAUAGCCAAAACGCACAACAAUAUUUUUCUUUUCAUACCUAGUGUAUUUUGUGAUGUUUGACCAAUGUACUCUGGGGGGUGAAUUAUGUAGGUCAUACUGAACAGCUUUUACUGUGGAGUGUGGAGCCAACCCCGAAAUCGCGGAAAACAAAUCUGCUUGUUCCAUAGAAAACAUUGACGAAUUAUGACUCUUUGAAAUUUAUGACAACCUACUAUGGAGUAGGUAAAAGUUCUUUUGUAUGAACUACAUUAUGUAAUUAUGUAUUCACCCCUCAGAGUAAUGUUGUCGUUUCCCGGCAAACUAUUUUUUCUUAAAAGCAACGUCACGUUACUUCAGCCAAGAGCCAAUAUUAAAAUACUCGUAAAUGCAACUUAAAAUAUAUUAAAAUUCAAAAUAAUGAAAGAAACAAGAAAUAUUUACUAAGAAUAUUGACAGUAUAGUGAAAAGAUUAGUAACUAAUCACGUAAGUUGACAGGUAAAACUCGUACGAAAAUCGGUUCGCACCGAUUCGUGCGAUACUCGCACGUACGUGAAAAAAUGUCAUACGAGAACCAGUUUAGACGAGUCGAGAAAUCGUAUGCAAAUAUCUCCCUAGAACGCAGCUCCCCAUGUAAACUAUUUCGCCUGGCGAUAAUCGCCAUUCGAGUAUCGCAUGACAUAAUCGUAGGCGAGUUUUUAUUUCUCGUAUGAGUGUAAACAUUUUUAUUCGAUAAUCGCCUGACGAUUAUUGCAUACGAUAAUGUCAUACGAUUUCUCGCCCCAAAACGUGCGAGAAACUCGCACCAUGUAAAUGGGCCUUUAUAGUUUUAAUCACAAACGAUAUUCUCGCUCUUAAAAAUUAAACUACUGGUAUUAAAGUCGGUCCAAACAGGGCACAGGGUAUCUUAAAACGUACACGCGUCAAAUUAAAAUUAUUUUGGGCCGGUUUUAGCCAAUGCAUUUUUAAAGGGGUAAUCUCAUUUUUACUGUUUUUUUUUUCGCCGAACCGCGUUUUAGUGGCGAGGCGUAGUGUAAGAUGGCGGCGACCGGAAGUGUGACGUCAUUUCCGCUUGCCGCCGGAUCUCUAUGAAGUACAGUGUGUCAGUGUAUAUAGCAGAGUGAGCGUUAGUGUUGUUGAAGAACCAAUCUUGUUAAUUUGUAAAGAAAAAAUGACUUGUCAAGAGAAAUAAAUAUUAUUAUAUUUAUAAUA